AUGAACCGGGCCUUCUCCUCCUUCACCCAGAAGCCGUACAGCUCGGUGGACGACUUUUUGCAUGAGGUCCGGUCGGUGUGCGAAAACGCAUGCGAUUUGCAUGGGGACGAGGGCGACAAAGUACGAAGGGCUGCUAUGGACAUUCACGAGUUUGUCGAAGAGCUGAUGGCCCUGCAGAGGAGGCCCGAAAACCCGGAGAUGGCUCCGGAAACGUCACAAGCAAAUAUGCAAAUUAGUGGGGUCUUGGUCGAAAAUGGAGCGGAAGCCCCUAAACAACCAGAUGCAACCGGCCCGCUAGACCUGGAAAAAUUUCCGGAGAUCAAUUUAUUGCUGCUAAACGAGUUAAUACACCAACGUCGCCUAGCUAUCGAGCUAACCCGAGAACUCCUCAAGCAUUGCCCGGCCGCAAUCACCCAGCUGCCACAAAGACAGAAUUAUCUGGUCUGGAAUGGCAGAAAUCAAGAAGAGACGGCGGAUUGGCAGGAGCACUCCGAAUCCGAUGAAGAAAUGGUCGACGACACAUCUCCAAAUCCU